AUGUGCAUAGGGAUCAGAUAUAAAAGCAAUGAACAUAUGCCAUUGGUACCGCUGGGUGUGACAGCAGAACAAUUUCAGAGAACUGGCACAACCUCUGGAAAUAACAACAAUACCUAUGGUGCAGGAUACAAUACAGACUACAAUGUUAGCAGUCAUAACGCAGAGUUGGGUGGUUACUCAACUAGUCAAUGGGGAACAAAGAAAUCAGAGAGUGUCACCACAAAGAUAUUCGCAUCGCUACUUUUAAUUGUCGGUGUUGGUUUGAUCGUAGGUGGUCUCUAUCAAUACUUCUACCUCAAAGGGGAUGAGUAUAUCUACUGUUGGGUAGGUGGAUCGAUCAUCUUGAUUGUAUUAACAAUUGCUGUAAUUGCAAGAUAUCGUAAAUAG